AUCAAAUCAAAUUUUGCACGCAUUUCUAAAAAAUUAUUAAUUUUCAAUGAAUUGGAUUGAAGUUAAUAGAUAAACAUGCAACGAAGAGCUCGUAUAAAGGCUGUUGCAAACUUGUCAACCGUAAGGAGAGGCACAAGCAAGAACAAUACAGAAAAUUCACAAGAAUGUGAAAAUUCGAAAAAAGAUGUAAAAGAUCUUUUAAAUGACAUCCAAGAGAAGACAUCCAGUGAAAAUGAACAAAUUGUUACAGUAACAGUUAACAAGGAAGCUGUUAAUCAAGAAACAUUGAUUAAUUCAGUCAACAAAGUUGAUGACGUAAACACGAGUAAUAAUUUGCUGGAUAAGUUGAAUGAAAAAUCCAGCAAUUCUGAUCAUAAUGACAAAGUAGCAAUACAAGAUGACAUUCCAGUCAGUAAGGAAGUUGAAAAGGAUGCCGAGAAGAAAAAGGAAUCAUUUAAAACACCUGUACAAUCAACGCCACGUGCAGAAAUUGCAUCUACAUCAAGUAAUAAAUUUAGAAAGCCGAAAAUAGCACCAAGACUGAACAUUGCACGAGCAGUAUCAAAAGUUCAGGGUGUGAAUGAUGAAAAGCCAAAAGAAAAUGAUGUAAUUAUUGAAGCACCGAUUUUAAGUCCAGUUCAUAUUGAAAAAGAACCAGAGUCACCAAUAAAUGUAUUUUCUCCACCAAGUACACCAUUUUCACCACCUCCAAAUAGGCAACGACCAGAAACACCAAGAGAAAUAUUAGAUUCUCCUGGAUUUAUAAUUAAUCAUAAUUUACAUCAUCCACCAACUCCACAAUCACCUUUUUAUCCAGCAGCACAUUCACGAAUGCGAACUGAAUCAUUGUGUUCAAUUAAAUCAGCAACAGUAGCUAAUUUACAGCCCAGAAAGAAGGUUCGUACUGAAGAUCAGAAAAUUCUUGAUAAUAAACGAGAAUCUCGAGAACGAUUAAGCAAUAAGCAGAUAGAAAAGUCACAGCUAAGGAUGUUUGAUAUGAUUUAUUAUAAUCCAACAACAAAUCCAAUGAAACCUAGAGCAACGCCUACAACAAAGGAAAGAUCACCUAAAAAGAUUGACUUAACUAUGGAUUUGCCACCUUUUACGCCACCUCCAAUAGAAGCAUCAAGUGCCAUUGCUGUACCUCAAUUGAAAUUAAAUGCAGACGGUGAAUUGGUACUCGAUGAAGCAUCUUUAGUUGUUGAAAAUGAGGAACAGAAGAAAAAUAGAAUUUUAUUAGCAAACACAAAUGUUGUCUAUCAUGAUGAACUAUCAGGAACUUACGGCUAUUACAAGAGACAACAACGCACCAAGGAAUGGCCACAAGAAGAAACAAUAAAAUUCUACAGAUGCCUCAAUACAGUCGGUACAGAUUUUUCACUUAUGCUUAAUCUCUUUCCAAAUCGUUCUCGUCGUGAUCUCAAAUUAAAGUUUAAAAAGGAAGAAAAGAACAAUCCAAAUUUAGUCGAUAAAGCCUUAUUAAAUCACAAUACGUUUGAUAUUGAGGAGCUGCAACGUGAGCUCGAUGAAGAAAAUGAAAUAAGACGAAAGGAGGCAGAAAGUAAGUCUAGUGAAGUUAAGGAAUUAGUUAAACGUAAAAUUCUCAAGAAGCAGGAAGCUAAAAAUAAGUCACGUCAACAAGACAAGGCUAAAAUUGAGAAAAUUCUUAGUGAUGGUGAUCUCGUACUCAAUUCUGUUGAUAAUUCGACACAGGAGCUAAAGGAAAAUAUGAAAAAAUCUGACGGAGCUGUAAAACCUAAACGAGCACCAAAAAGAAAGAAUGUCAAAUCUGAACAGUCUAUGGAAUUUAAGAAAAUCAUGUUGCAUGCUAAAAUCAAUGAAUCAAUAUCUGUUAAUGUGUUAAAGACACAAGUUUUGGUGCCAGAAACAUCAGUUAUUCCAAAGCAACAACCAGAACCGAAAACAGCAAUUGUAUAUGAGGAAGUAACGGCAGCAAGUAUCAAAAUUAAGGAAUCAACACGUUCAAUAGUUCCUUACGAACCAAAUGUUACACUUAAUAGUAAUAUUGACUCAAUACAGCCAGAAACUUCAACAUUAUCAAUAGUCGCAAAGAUUGAAAAGGAACCAUCAACGAUUAUUGACAAGCUUAUAUUCGAAUUGCCUAAAGAGGCUCAGCUAGACAUUGUUAAUCAAGACACGAUGCUCAGUAAAACUGGUCGCUUUAUUUCUGAUUUAAUAACUGCUUCAUAUCGUGAUACUCAAGAAAAUGAAAAUGAUUAUUUGAUGGAGGAAGAAGUGGAACCAAUGGAUACUUAUGACUGCAGUCCAUCAAAUGUCAAAAAAGAACAAACUAUGGAAAAAAACUUAAUAAUACCGAUUCCAAUAAAUGAAGAUUUAGUAGAUGUACAGCCAACAACUUCAUCUAUAGAAUCUAUAGAAUCAAAUAACAUUGAGGAACAAUCAGACAUUACUAUCGAACCAUCUUAUAAUCAGUCAGAGAUAUCAGAUAAUCCAUCGAUAUUGUCAGCAGAGUCAUCGUAUUCUACAGAAAUUUCUUAUGAUCCGUCAAUAAUUUCAGUCAAAUCGUCAUUUACUCCUCCGGUCAUGUUCCCAAAACCUUCUUAUAGUCCAGCAGUGAUAUCUGUGCAACCAUCAUACAAUUUGUCAUUAAUAUCAGUUGAAUCGUCAUUUGAUUUACCAAGUAUAUCCACUGCAUCAUCGAGUUUGUCAGCACAACCAUCUUAUCUAUCAAGCAUGAAUACAGAAGCUUCAUUGUCUGUCCAAGAAUCAAAUGAUCAAACAGUGUCUGCACAAUUCACGGACAAUUCAGUCAUUUGUAUGGAACCAGAACCUGAUAGAAUUUGUAUUGAGGACACAGAACCAAUGACAGAUGAGCCUUUAGAUGAUGAAAGUUUCUUAAACUCGCUGGAUCUUGAAAGAUUGGUGAUUGUUGUUAAGCAGAUUAAUGGAAAAGACUUUUAUGACAUUCACGAGACCGAUGGAGACAUGCAGAAUCUUUCAGAUAAGCCACUAAACUUGCCACGGCAUAUUGUUGAUUUAAUAGUUGAUGCUAUGACACAAGAUGAUUAAAAUGUGCAUUUGACAUUAAAAAUUUUUUUUGUCUAUUAUGUAAUUAAAUGCUUUGAUUUUAGCAGUAAGGAAAAUAAAAAACUUUUUAUUUGUUAAUCGAUAACGGAAGUGACCAUUUCUAGUUCUUUCUGUUAUUUGUUAUAUUAAAAUUUGUUUCAGAUAUCCAAGAACUUGAAGGCAUCAUCGCAUAGUUGGCGAUUCCACACAUAUUUUCUUGGUUUCUAGCAAUUCGUCCAUAUCCUUAAAAAAUGCAGCAUAAGUAUUUGAAGUACUUAAAUAAAUCAUCACUAAAAUCUUACCAUAUUCACCCCAAUCCAAUCCCCAGCUAUUUUUGAUGAUCCAGUAAUCACCACCAUCAGGAUCAGUUCCGUAGCCAACAACAGUUAUUGCAUGAUUGUAGCUGUAAUUAUUAAUGUUCAGAAUGAUUUAAGACAUUAAUUUAAGAUUUACAGACCUGUCCAUAUCAUUUGGACAGUCAGAUUCAGAGAAAACACCGCCUGCAUACUGUGUGAAGCUAUCAGAAGCAUAAAUGACUACCACAAUCGGUCCAUAAUUGUAAACCAAAUGUUUUAAAUAUUCUUCAUCUCCACUCACUUCCUCUGCGUGUAUUAGAAAGUAAGAUUAAACAUCCUUUGUGCUGAAUAUUAAUUGAUCUUACCUUCAUAAGUGUUAUUAAUUAUCAGAACCUUUCCAAAGCGCUUUGCAAAGCAGUCUGAUUGAUAAGCUACGUAUGGGUAGGAACGUUCAGUUGUUAAUCCAUUUUCGAUGAUGUAAUCGAAGCUAGAAUGUCCAUCCGUUGGCCAUCCUGAAAAAAUACAAUAAUAAUUAUUCAAAUCAUUUUCAAUGUAUCAUCAUGAUAAACUCUUUACCUCCAUCACACCCUCCGUCCGCAAUAUUACAGUCAAGAAUCUCUUGUUCAGAUAAAUUAGCUUCCGUAUCACCUCUAAUAACAAUCAUAAGAUAUUCCAGAACAGCAAGUGGCUAUAAAAUAGGGUUCGCUAAAUUGACAUGCGCAUGCAUUCACAUGCAAAAACAUGCGCAUGUAUGCGCAUGCAUGCGCACGUAACAUGCGAAUGUAUAUCUUAUUUGGACACUUUUGAUUGAUUUGACACCAAAUCUUGCGAGUAGGAGGUCAAAUUAGAGGUGUUCUGAUUUCGGAACCUGUCUUUUUAAGCAG